AUGAGCAAGGGCAAGGAGCUAGCCAGAAGGAACCGGACUGAGCGCAGAAUUGAUGAUCCAAGGCGCUCCCGGCAGAUCCAGCUGUGGCACUUCAUCCUGGAACUGCUGCAGAAGGAAGAGUUCCGCCAUGUCAUCGCCUGGCAGCAGCAGGGAGAGUAUGGGGAGUUUGUCAUCAAGGAUCCAGAUGAAGUGGCUCGCCUCUGGGGCCGCAGGAAGUGCAAACCACAGAUGAACUAUGACAAGCUGAGCCGGGCCCUCAGGUAUUACUACAACAAGAGGAUCCUGCACAAGACCAAAGGCAAGAGGUUCACCUACAAGUUCAACUUCAGCAAGCUCAUGGUAGCCAACUGUCCUCCGUGGAAAGUAUGGGCACCCUCUAGCCCUCACCUGCUGUUGAGGUCCCCUGCCCUGUAUCAGCCCUUGGUGCCUGUGGCUGAGCAGAGUGAGCCCCUGCGUAGCAUGCUGUGCACACGGGCCACAGAAACUCAGCCAGCUGAAGAGAGGACCCCACGGAGACCACCAGAGGCCUCUGGGCCCAGGCUGGCAGAGGCCUUGCUGCUGCCUCUGGAACCUCCGAGGUGGUCUGCCCAGCCUUGCUUCCCUUGCUUCCGUGCCCUGCCUCUGCUGUAG